AAUCGAGUAACUGAAACAGAGGGGCGUUUUUACAAACUUCACCCACAAAUAUGUGAGAGUUAACUGCUAAACAGACAGAAGCGAGAAUGAGACGACUGACAACAACAGGUGUUCAAAAAUGGCUCAGCAGUUAAACUCUGAAGAAGGGACCACAUUAAUUCCUCUACAAAAAGAUGCCAGAAAGUCGCGAAGUUCAAUGAUAUCUGCAUCUUUUAAUUUUAUCAAUUCUAUUAUAGGAUCUGGAAUAAUAGGUUUACCAUACGCAUUGAACCAGGCAGGGCUUCCCUUUGGCCUUCUUCUUUUGAUAGUUGUUGGAUUCAUCACAGAUUACUCAAUCAUUCUACUUAUAAAAGGAGGAAACCUGUCAGGGACAAACAGUUAUCAGUCACUUGUACACAGCACAUUUGGUUUCCCUGGAUUUGUAAUUUUAUCUGGACUGCAGUUUCUUUAUCCUUUCAUUGCGAUGAUCAGCUACAACAUCACAAUCGGUGACACACUGACCAAAGUCUUUCAAAGAAUUCCUGGAGUUGGCCCAGAUCACAUACUCGCGGAGCGUCACUUUGUGAUCAUAUUAUCAACUGUUGUUUUCACGUUCCCCCUCUCGCUUUAUCGAAACAUAGAGCGACUUGGGAAGGUGUCCUUCCUGUCAAUGGUGCUGACAGUUAUCAUCCUCAUCAUUGUAAUCAUCAGAGCAGCUACCUUUGGACCCCAAAUCCUCCCCACAGAUGAUGCAUGGGCAUUUGCAAAGUGGAAUGCGAUUCAGGCAGUAGGUGUAAUGUCUUUUGCCUUCAUAUGCCACCACAACAGCUUUCUUAUCUAUGGCUCACUGGAGCAGCCCACUCUUGCUAACUGGUCUCAAGUCACUCACAUCUCCGUAGGCUCAGCACUAAUAAUCAGUGCUGGAUUUGCCGUUGCUGGCUACACAACUUUCACUGGCUACACACAAGGAGACAUAUUUGAGAACUACUGUAGAAAUGAUAACCUGGCAACAUUUGGUCGCUUCUGUUUUGGCAUCAGUAUAAUAACGACAUUCCCACUGGAGUGCUUUGUGACACGAGAAGUAGUAUCUAAUGUCAUUUGCAGCCGAGAUCUUUCAAAAACUAAACAUGCAGCCAUAACCAUGCUCAUAGUUGCAGUCUGCACAUCAGUAUCUUUGGCCUAUGACUGUCUAGGAGUUGUUUUGGAACUGAAUGGUGCUCUGAGUGCCACACCCCUGAUCUUCAUCAUCCCAUCGGCCUGCUUCCUUAAGCUUUCCUCUGGCCGCUGGUUCGAUGGUGAAAACGUGAUACCCGCAGCGUUAAUAAUAAUCGGCUUGUUCAUCAUGAUCACUGGUUUGAUCAUGACUGGCAUCUACCCACAAGGCUGUUCACAUGGAGUGGAGAUGUUCUACUGUGCAGAUGCCAAUGCCUCUAGCACUGUACCACCUGUAUGAAAAUAAUGUGUCAAAUAUUUAGAUGUCUUAAAAAAAACAACUUUUUUGUUUCCCUAAUGUAUACGGACAAACUUUCCUCAAUUCUGUUAUAUGUUUAUUGGCUGCUAGGUUAUUGGUGCUUUGCCUCAUAUUUCAGACUGUAGGGUGGAAGAGGAAGGGCCCUCCAUUAACAUGAAUUUACAUUUUAGUGAAAAAUCAGGUUAUAUAGUUUUUUCAAACUUUUGUCAUAAAAAGAAAAAAAAACUUUAAGGGAGAAUUUUUAAUGGUGGCCACAACCUAGGUGGCCGACUGUUGUUCUUGGGAAUACUCAUCAUGGAUGAGUGUGAUAUUAAGGUAUUCAAAUCCUUUUAGUUUUACUUUAUUCUAAUAAAUUAAUUUAAGUUAUCAUUAUUAUUGUGAUUCUUUUAGACUACAGACUUUUCUUGGUACUUGUAUUUAUUAUAUACAUGGAAGGGAAAUUGUUGGCUUCCGCAUAUUCCCGCAUGAUGUCGGUGUAGACAAAUAAAGCGUUUAUUAAAAGGAAGUAAAAAACAACAACAACAAGGCUUCUUGUGUCUUUUGGCGGACUGCGCUUUAUUUCACUAAAUGGACACAGUCGCUUGUGGAUUUUAUUUAUAAGUGGUUGAGCUAAGUUGUUACUUUACGUGGUAAUGUCAAGUUGUCAGUUUACUCGAAUACGCUAGCGUUAUAUUCUGAAAGCCACAUUAGUACUAGGGAGCAAAUGAGAGAAACGCCCCGUUUUUGCGCUUCAGUGUUGCGAUGCAGCGUCAGAGAUGUACGCAGAAAAGUUGACGGAGUUGUGCACUGUAUCAAUAGACACACAUAUAUGACUGCAUGUAGUUCAUAGGGAGGGAGGGGGGAGGAUAAACUACUCUAGGAUGGACUGCAAAACGGAGUUAUGGAUCAUUUAUCAAGACAGUAGGACUCCACAACCAAGGUUAACUUUUUUUUUAAUACUGAUGGAAGUUUGAAGCUGCUUAGAAAACCAGCAAGGCGUGAUCAGUAAAAGGUUUAAUUACAAUGCAUCUCUUUGUUGCUGUUUUUGCAAAUGGUGCAUGGAUUAAGUUUGUUGAUUUGAUAUUCUGUAAUACAAAUGUUUUUUUUUUCUGUCCAAAUUGCAGUUAAAGAUGCUGUUAAGACAUUAUAGGACAAAAUUUCAUAUCAGCUUUUGGUUUAUAGCCUUGGAGAUGGCGUCAGCUGCUUGUAAUCCAGUGGUUGGAAUCAUAAAAAUUAGCUUUUUAUAGUUGGUCUUUAUAUUCUUGGCAUUCAGAGGCCAUCUCAUGAGAUUUUCAGAUUGAAAUUCGAGGUGAGAUGGAGAAUUUGAGUAUAUGACAGUUUCCAAUUCAGUCUUCCACAAUAGCUGUACAAAGUUUCAAGUCCUGACUUCAAGUCCCGCUGUAAUUUCUCCAUUUGUUAAAAUAGCAUUCAGGCACAUAAUUCUCAAAAAAACAAAACAAAAAAACAAACAAGACAAAAUACACCAAAACAAAACACAGCUCUCUCAGUCUGAAUUUUAUUCAUAUUCCAUAAGUAUUGUGUCAUCUGAGAUCACAGCCACACUCCUUG